GAAUAGUUCAUUUUAAACAAAUCAUAACUAGCGAGGCAACCGGUCCAUUCCGUUCAAGUGAUAGGUCUGUAUAUAUACAAGGUACGUAAAUGAACGAAGAAGAGCGCGCGUUAAGAUAUGGCAGCAGUAGAUGUGGUGCAUCUGUGGAAAGAAUGGGGACUCCACGUGCUGGUGCUGUUGAGUUUCACAUUGCAGUUGACGCUCCUCCUACUGGCGGAGUUCCGGCGACGAUUCGACUCCGGCGUGCUGAGGGCCUUCAUUUGGUCGGCGUACGUGCUGGCUGACUCGAUAGCGAUUUACACCAUCGGCCAUCUGUCGGCGACGAGCCAGGCGGCUGAGCACCAAGCGAUGGCGCUCUGGGCACCAUUGCUGCUGGUGCACCUUGGUGGGCAGGACAACAUCACGGCCUAUGCCAUGGAGGACAACCGGCUGUGGCUGCGCCACCUGCAGACGCUCGUCGUGCAGGCCACUGGAGCUGCUUACGUCCUGUAUGUGUCCCUGCAGGAACCUGCUGGCGACGGCCGACAUCGUCCUUUGCUCCGGCGUGCCGCCAUCCUCCUUUUUGUGGUUGGCGUUGCCAAGUACGGGGAGAGAGUGUUGGCGCUCAUGCGCGCCAAUAGUAACCCAUCUGGCAAGAGCUACAGAAUUGCUGACAGAAGGUCCACUACAUUUUGUGGCCAUUCACAGCUAAAGGAGACGGACACGGAAGGCUUGUUGCAGGUAGCUCACAGCAUGCUUGAUGUUGCCAAGGAUUUGAUCAAGGUUCCGCUACCAUUUGUGUUUGUGGACAUGGAAUACAGGGAUGAGUUCAGAGGGGACGUGCUGUGCAGGGUGGCCGAGAUGCAGCUGUCCUUGAUGCACGACGUCUUGUACAGCAAGGCGGAGGUGAUCCACACAUGGUAUGGUUUAUGCGUCCGUGUCUUCUCCUGGGUGGCCACAGCCGAUGCAUUGUUCUUGUUUCAUCUGCAUCUAGUUGGUAGCAACAGCAGGAGUAGUAGUAGUAGGAAAGAUGCUAUAGUCACCUACGUCUUGUUAGCUGGGGCCGUCGUCCUGGAGACCGUGUCAGGGCUGAGAAUCAUGCUCUCGACCUGGACAUGGCACCUUUUUUUUGAAUUUAGAUUGCGUCGUCCUAGCAUCCGAUGUUCCUGCUGGCGGAUUGAUGUUGCAUUCGCAGCUCUCCGCCGAUGCAUCCACGCCGCCGACUACCUUCCCAGGACCUGGUCGGGCUCCAUAGGACAGCACAACCUGUUCCAGAUGUGCUCCUCCACUGCGGCGAGGCCGAUCGUCGCCAAGGUUGCGCAAUUGAUAGGAGUGGAGGACUGGUGGAACACCUUUGCCUACUCCCACUCCGCUCGCGUGUCACCUCGCAUCAAGGGCCUACUGGUGGAACAAGUGUUGGAGAGCGUGAAGAUCCCCGACGACAACCUGAGCCACAUCCGCAAUUCCAGGGGCCGAGCAGCUCUAGAGCGCUGGGCAUCGGCCCACCACGACGCUGCCGUGCCGGCGUGGAAAGCCUGGUUGUUCCCCAAAACCGAGGACGAUGAAGAAGAAGCUCGUGCCGGCGUGGAGCAGCGUGGAUACUCUGGAAGCGGCAAGAAGAAGCUCGUGCUAGAGAGUGUUGUUGGCGUGGAAUUUGGGGAGAGCAUUCUUGUGUGGCACAUCGCCACUGAUGCCUACCUUUGCUGGUACAGGCGCCAGCAAGAAACGCAAAAAGGUCAGAAGGAGGAGGAUAAUGAUCUUGCCAGGGCCGUCCAGGAGCUCUCAAACUACAUGUUGUUCCUCCUCGCCGCACGCCCCUACAUGUUGCCCCCUCCUGCUAGUCGCACCGGCUAUGCCAGAGCGUGCUCCGACCUCAUCAGAUCUGCAGGGUCUUCAUACAUUGCCUCAGCCGAGGAUCUGGUCCGUGCGGUGGCCCUCAAACCUGAUCCGGACAGUACACCAGAUUGGGAUCGGUUUGAGCAGGUACGUCACGGGGUGUACAAUGGUUCAGUGAAAAAAGGAUCCGACAUCUGCAGGUGCCUGAUCGACGAGGAGUUACAAGCCGCACCCGCGGCCGCCGGGAUGAUGCUCAAGCUGAUCGCGCAGGUGUGGUUGGAGAUGCUAUGCUACGCAGGCGCCCAUUGCAGCGCGCAUUCUCAUGCCAUGCAGCUUAGCAACGGCAGCGAGCUCGUCACCCUGGCCGCCCUUCUGGUGGAAUACUGUGAAAGAGGCAAAAUGCUGCCUUCCGGUUCAACCUCUGGUACCGUCUGAAUAAUACGGAGGGAAAAAGAAAUGAAAAAACAUAGCACGUUUUGCAGGAA